AUUUCCUCCCAACUGCCUCUCGCUAUGUCUGUCAAUUUCCCCCAGGAGGAGGAGCGUAUCCUGAAGCGCUGGAAAGAAAUCGACGCGUUCGCCCGCCAGGUUGAGCUCUCUAAGGGCAAACAGCCAUACACAUUUUACGAUGGCCCGCCUUUCGCGACCGGACUGCCGCAUUAUGGCCACCUGCUCGCCUCUACUAUCAAGGACAUCAUUCCGAGAUACUGGUCCAUGAAGGGACGAUACGUUGAGCGGAGAUUCGGCUGGGACACCCACGGUGUACCCAUUGAGCACGAAAUCGACAAAGAAAACGGCAUGUCAGGCCGAGACGCGGUCAACAAAUUCGGAAUCGCAAAGUACAACGCGGAUUGUAGGGCCAUUGUCAUGAGAUAUGCAACAGAGUGGCGCACCACCAUUGACCGGCUGGGGCGGUGGAUCGAUUUUGACAAUGAUUACAAGACUAUGGAUACAUCGUUCAUGGAGAGCGAAUGGUGGGUGUUCAAACAACUGUGGGAGAAAAAUGCUGUGUAUCGGGGCUUCAAGGUCAUGCCAUACUCGACCGCCUUGGGAACUCCACUUAGCAACUUUGAGGCGAGUCAAAAUUAUAAGGACGUCCAGGACCCUGCCGUAGUCGUGUCGUUUCCUCUACUCAAGGACGAAAAGAGCUCCUUACUAGCUUGGACGACGACUCCGUGGACUCUGCCCUCCAAUGUCGCUCUUUGCGUUCACCCAGACUUUGAGUAUAUCAAGAUUGCGGAUGAAAAGUCGGGGAAAAAUUACUUUCUACUGGAAGCGCUCCUCAGAACGUUAUACAAAGACCCCAAGAAAGCCAAGUUCAAGAUUUUGGAAAAAGUCAAGGGCAAAGAUAUGGUCGGCUGGGAGUACGAGCCGCUGUUUGAUUACUACAAAGAGGAGUUCAAGGAUGUUGGAUUCCGCGUCAUCAGCGGCACAUAUGUGACAGCCGAUUCAGGUGUCGGCAUCGUUCACCAGGCGCCUGCAUUUGGUGAAGUUGAUUACGAGAACGCUCUAGGUCACGGGGUCAUCACCGAGAGUCGCCCUCCUCCAAACCCCGUAGACGAUGCUGGCCGAUUUACCUCAGUGGUGAGCGAUUUCGCUGGCCAACACGUCAAAGAAGCCGACAAGGGUAUCAUAAAAUACCUGAAGGCAACAAACCGCUUAGUGGUGGACAGUCAAAUAACGCAUAGCUACCCGUUUUGCUGGCGUUCUGACACUCCCUUGAUUUACCGAGCAGUGCCUUCGUGGUUCGUAAAAGUUCCCGACAUAAUCCCGAAAAUGCUCGAGAACAUCGAGGGCUCUCAUUGGGUCCCAUCUUUCGUCAAGGAGAAGCGCUUCGCCAACUGGAUCUCGAAUUCUCGGGACUGGGCGGUUAGCCGGAAUCGUUUCUGGGGAACACCGCUGCCUAUCUGGGUUAGCGAUGACUUCAAGGAAAUGGUCUGUAUCGGCAGCAUAGCCGAGCUGAAAGAACUAUCCGGCGUUGAUGCAGCCCUUGAAGACAUCCAUAGAGACCACGUGGACCCUAUCACGAUCCCUAGCAAGCAAGGCAAAGGCGUUUUGCGUCGCGUAGACGAAGUGUUCGAUUGUUGGUUCGAGUCGGGUAGCAUGCCUUACGCGAGCAAACACUAUCCCUUCGAGAACGUAGAGGAAUUCAAGGCAUCAUUCCCGGGAGACUUCAUCGCCGAGGGCCUGGAUCAGACACGAGGAUGGUUCUACACAUUGACUGUCUUGGGCACUCACCUCUUUGGCGAACUUCCUUUCAAGAACUGUGUGGUCAACGGCAUUGUGCUUGCGGAAGAUGGAAAGAAAAUGUCGAAGCGGCUAAAGAACUAUCCCGAUCCUAGCUUGGUGAUGAACAACUACGGUUCAGACGCUCUUCGAUUAUACCUUAUCAACAGCCCUGUUGUACGAGCAGAAACCCUCAGAUUCUCAGAGAAAGGUGUAAAAGACAUCGUCUCAAAAGUCUUGCUACCUCUUUGGAAUUCAUAUCAGUUUUUCGAUCAGCAAGUGUCGCUACUAAAAAAGGUUGCAGAUCUGCAUUUCGAGUUUGACCCUGCAGCUGAGAAGACAAACACUAAUGUCAUGGACCGCUGGAUACUAGCAUCUUGCCAAUCUUUGCUCGCUUUCGUUAACGAGGAAAUGGCGAGCUACCGAUUGUAUACUGUCGUUCCGCGUCUGCUAGCCCUCAUUGACAACACUACAAAUUGGUACAUUCGCUUCAAUCGGAGUCGCUUAAAGGGUGAAAAUGGCCUCCACGAUACGAAGCAUGCUCUCAAUACACUUUUCGAGGUCUUGUACACUCUUUGUCGAGGACUGGCACCCUUCACGCCUUUCAUCACGGACAACAUCUACUUGCGGCUCCUUCCUCAUAUUCCGAAGUCGCUUCAUGCAGAAGAUGUCCGCAGUGUGCAUUUCCUACCGUUUCCCGAGGUUCGAUCAGAGCUGUUCGACCCCGUCAUUGAGAGACAGGUGAGCCGUAUGCAGGCAGUCAUCGAUCUCGGCCGUAUCUGCCGUGAUAGACGAACGAUUGGUCUGAAGACGCCUUUGAAGACCCUCGUCAUUAUCCACCCUGACCAGGAGUAUCUCGACGACGUCAAGAGGCUUGAAACAUACAUUCUGGACGAACUGAACGUGCGGGAACUCGUCCUCUCGAGUGACGAAGACAAAUACAACGUGCAAUACUCCGUGACCGCUGACUUCUCGGUGCUUGGCAAGAAGUUGAAGAAGGACGCGGUGAAGGUCAAGAAGGCUCUACCAUCCCUCACCAGCAAGGACGUCAAGGAAUUCCAGAGAAGCGGAAAAAUCACCGUGGACGGCAUUCAGCUUGAGAAGGAGGACCUUUUCGUCAAGCGUGGACUGCGCGAGGAUGAGGCCAGCAAGAACCAGGAGUUCAACACCGACGAUGACGUUCUCAUAGUUCUUGACGUCGCAAGCUACCCUGAGCUCGUGCAAGAGGGGCUAGCACGAGAAAUUGUUCGUCGCGUGCAGGAUCUGCGCAAGAAGGCCGGACUGGUGGCUACCGACGAUGUAGGUAUGGAGUACAAAGUUCUCAGCGACCCUGACGAAGUUGGUCUGGAGACCUGUUUCGCCAGCCAAGGGAAGAUUUUCGAAAAGGCUCUGAGGCGGAAUGUUGACAAGCAUGUCACCACGGAGGCUGAAGGAAAGAUCCCAGAAAAGAGUGAUGAGACUAUCAUCGCAGAGGAAGAACAGGAAAUCCACAGGGCGACUUUCCUGCUGAGGUUGGUGAAGCUGUAGGGGUUAGAGAACACGAGAUGAUGUCGAGACGAAGACAUGAGUUGAUAGAAUACCUGAUGAUAGAGCGUCCAAAGCUAUGAUGCUAGACCAAUGAAGUAUGGCAUUUGAACUGUUUACAAC